CCGCCUGCCAACCAAGCCAAGCGCUGGGAGCGGAGCAGGAAGAGCAGCGCGGCCGCUAAAGGACAGGAAGGAAGUUUCGUCAAAGCUCCUGGGCAGGCAGGUGUGCCGCAGCGGCAGGACGCGGACAGGUGCGGCCGGCGGCACUCACGAUGGCUCAGGCGACCGAACUCGAUGUGGGUCCGCGGGAUCAGCCGAACGACAAGGACGAGAAGCGCCGAGCUGUGCUGAGCGCAGCCGAGGACCCCGACGGCGACUUCGGACUGACGGGGACAGACGACCGCCGGUGCCGCGAGCACAGCGCGCAGCUCGACUGGUUCUGCUGGACCGAAGAUCGGCUGGUGUGCUCGGAGUGCGCCAUCACCGGGGAGUGCAAGGGGCACCGAGUGACGUCCGUGGGCGAGAGAGCCUCGUCCCUCAGGAACAAGCUGGUUGACCUUUGUGAGAAGCUGCAGCUGAAGAGGAGCGCCGUGGAGAAGUUCACUGAGGUCACCCUGCCGGCCAGGAAGGUGGCCGUCCAGGCCGAUGCCAGUGCGGCUCGCGAGGUGGUGGUCCAGCGCUUCAACCUUGUGCGGGACACCUGUGAGGAGGAAGAGCAGCACCUGCUGGAGGUCAUCCACGGCGAGGAAGAGCGGGCCAAUCAGAACGGCCUGACUCAGAGGGCUCACUGGGCCGAGUCUCUGCAGCUCAUCUCCAGCAUCCGAGACCACCUGGUCAGCGCGCUCACUGAAAUGGACGACCACAACAUUGUGAUGUCCACCAAGAAGAUCUUAGAAAAGGCCGAGGCCGCAGAUCACGUGCCGGAGCCGCUGGACUCCAAGCAGCUGGACUUCGACUCAAGUUGCACCCGCAGCCCCCUGCUGUUGGGAAUGUGGGCGACAGCGGCACUCAUGUGCAGGGCAGCUCCCGCCACCCUGAUCAUCAACGAGAAGACGGUCAGUCCACUGCUGGGCAUCUCCGCCGACCUGCGCACGCUGACCUUCCUGCCCAAGAGGGAGCGCAAGCCCUGCGAGUACAGCCCUGAGCGCUUCGACGAGUGGCCCAAUGCCCCGGCCACGUCACCCUUCAGCAGCGGGGUGGUCACUUGGCUUGUGGAGGUGAAGGGCAGCUCGGCCUACAAGAUGGGGGUCACCUACAGACGACUGGCACGCAAGGGCAAAUCCAACGAGACACGCCUGGGCUACAACGUCCACUCGUGGGUUCUGUCGCACUAUGACGGUGACUACUGCUUCUCACAUGCCGGCCACCACCUGUCCCUGCACCUGCUGCGCCGUCCGUCCCGAGUCGGGGUACUGCUGGACUACGCGGCCGGGCAGCUGCUGUUCUUUGACCCCGAGUCCUGCGCCAUCCUGCACUCGCACCAUGGUCACUUUGAGGCACCGCUGUAUCCGGCCUUCGCCGUGGCGGACCGCAGCAUCACCCUGCUCUGCAGUUAGCACGGCUGACCAGUGUCCUCCACGUCCAUCGCACAAGGACACAAGGACCGCUCAAGGAGAUGGAGGCCCGGCAGGCACCAAUCAGAACGAGAAGCCCCUCGCUGAACGGCACUUCCUCUGACCUCAGGAGAACACCGGGGGCAACUGGGAAACGAGAAACCAGUGAAAGAGCCGGGAAAGAGUCGGUGAAGGACGUUGAGAGCAGAUGGACAGCGGCCGGCCCUCUCCCACUCGCUCCUUGUCCAGUUCCAGGACCAAACCACAGGUGGGGUGCAUGUUUACUUCAGGGUCCACUCAUACUGGGCAACAUUUAGGGUUGCCAAAUGAAGUGCUCAUCUUUGGGAUAUGACAGGAAAAUCCAGACUGAGAUUUGAACCCGGGACCUUGGAACUGUGAGGAAUCCAUAUUUCAAUCUUCUAAAUGAGUGCCAGUUUGUGUCCUGCAUUUGACUCUCAAAGUGGCAUCAAGUGCUAAGGGGGCUUCAGUGGGUCCAGAUCCACCAUCACUUGGGCUGUCUGGGGGUGUGCCAGUUGGCAGAGUUGGCAGUAAUGUAAAGGCCAGCCUGUGCCAAACAGCAUCCAGUAUGGCCAGCUUACCCACCAGGAGCACCAUGGACCUCUAAAGCCAAAGCAGGGGAGACGCCUGCCCUGUUGCCAGGGCGCCCAGCCUUCCACUGCCCACUUUAUACAUUUCCAUCAUUUUGAUUGUUUGAUGACAGCGCUCACUUUAAAAGGCGCUAUAUAAAAUAAAACAUAAUGGAUGUCA